AUACACCAAAUACAUAAAACUUACAUAUAUUCCAUUGAAAUCAUGGGUCUGGUUUGAAUUGCUCUGCUCAAAACUUUCUGGGUUCCUUGCUAUUCCCUGGAUUUUUCAAAAAACCAUGGCAUGGAGUCGAAAAUUUUGCUUGAGUGUACUUCUCUUGCUUCUUCUUUCUCACAGUGUUGCAUCCCAGCACAUUGUUGAGACACUUCCGGGUUUCCCCGGAAAGCUUCCCUUCAAACUUGAAACAGGGUACAUUGGAGUAGGCGAGGCAGAUGAGAUUCAGUUGUUUUACUAUUUCAUUGAGUCAGAAAGGAACCCUGUCAUGGACCCCCUCAUGCUCUGGCUCACUGGAGGCCCUGGCUGCUCCGGUUUCUCUGCAAUUGCUUUUGAAAUUGGUCCAGUGACUUUUGAUGUUGAGUCUUAUGCUGGGGGAAUACCAUCUCUUAAAUUGAACCCCUAUUCAUGGACGAAGGUGGCUAGCAUUAUAUUUAUUGAUGCACCAGUGGGGACUGGAUUUUCAUAUGCUCUAACAGAAGCCGCUGCAAAUUCUUCAGACACAUUAUCAGCAGAAGCAACAUAUAAUUUCCUGAGGAAGUGGUUGAAUGUGCAUCCCAAAUACCUGGAAAAUCAAAUUUACAUUGGUGGUGAUUCUUAUUCAGGCAUAGUUGUUCCAAUCCUUGUCACCGAUAUUCUGAAGGGCAUCCAAGAAGGCCUCAAGCCCAAGAUAGAUCUUCAGGGUUAUGUACUUGGAAAUCCAGUGACAGACUAUUUAAUUGAUGAUAAUUCAAGGAUCCCAUAUGUUCAUCGAGUCAACCUAAUUUCGGAUGAAUACUAUGAGGACGCCAAAUUGUAUUGUCAUGGCGAUUAUGUCAAUGUAGAUUUCAACAAUUCCCUUUGUGUCACUGCUCUUCAAAAUAUCAAAAUGUGCCUUCUGCAAAUAAAGCUUACACAAAUUUUGGAGCCUCAAUGUGCAUUUGCAUCUGGAAAGCCCGAGGAGUUAGAGUGGGAUGUCGGAUCUCAGGAAGCAAACACCUUGGAAUACCUCAAUGCUAACAAACUUCCUGAGUUGCGUUGCCGUGAAUAUGGUUAUGCACUAUCAUACAAAUACAUGAACAAUAUAGCAGUUCAAGACGCUCUUUAUGUACGCCAAGGAACGGUAGAAAAUUGGAGUAGGUGCCUCAAAACCUUCCCAACUUACACAGAAAAUGUCGACAGUACUGUUGCAUACCAUAAAAAUCUCACAAAAACAGGACUCAGAGCUCUAAUUUACAGUGGAGACCAUGACAUUUCUGUACCAUAUGUGGGCACUCUAAAAUGGAUAAGGUCUCUUGGAGUUCCAGUUUUUGAUCAAUGGCGGGCUUGGUAUGUCGAUGGUCAAGUUGCAGGAUAUCAAGUGAAGUUUAUGAAUUCUGUAUACCGGCUAACCUACACAACUUUAAAGGGAGCAGGGCAUACCGCUCCAGAGUUCAAGCCAAAACAGAGUCUAGCCAUGGUUGAUAGAUUUUUUGCUCGUUAUCCUAUCUAAGACAUUAUUUAAGAACAAAACUAUUUUGUUCCGAGGUGCAUUUUGAAUAAAUUCUCCUUGUAUAUUAUGGAGUGUAAUCAUAGCAUGUAGACCCAGCAUGUAGAAAGAUUUGAACCGAGUACUCGUAUGUUAAUUUUGAAAACUAGGUAAUUGUUUCUCUGAAAUCUGUUCAAGGGUUAAAAUCAUUCAAAAUUGAUGAAUAGAGUUAAGCUAAUUCA